AUUAUAAAGUUGGUUGCGUGGAUUGCACGACCAUGAAAGAGACUGCAAAAGCAAACCAGCAGUGCAAUCCACCCUUCAAUUUUGACUUUCCAGCUCCUCCUCAUUAUCGCCAUUAAUAAAGUUCAUUUACACACAAAACCCAACCGCAAUAGGAGAAUUUAGGUUAGGGUUCCAGAAUCAGUCAUAGUUUAUUCAAAUUUGGUUGUAAUAACAUGGGUGAAGAAGGGGAUAGGUUGCUGAAUCUGGAAUCAGUGAGGAAGAGUCUGGUGAGGCAGGAAGACACCAUCAUCUUCUCUCUCAUUGAGCGCUCCAAAUACCCUAUCAACUCGCGCUUGUACCAUCAACCCUCUCUGCUGCACUUCUUCAUCAACGAAUCCGAAGCUCUUCAAGCUAAGGCUGGUCGUUACAUAUCACCGGAAGAAAACGCGUUCUUCCCAGAUAGUUUGCCUCCUCCUAUGCUGCCUCCUCCUAAACACAAACCUGUCUUGCAUCCCUCAGGAGCUUCCAUCAACAUAAACGAAAAGAUCUUCGAUCACUACCUCAAGACGCUGAUCCCUCUCGUUGCUGCUGAGGGCAGCGACGACGGGAACUACGCCACCACUGCAGCCAGUGAUCUAGCAUGUUUGCAGGCUCUUUCGAGAAGGAUUCAUUUUGGGAAAUUCGUGGCUGAGGUGAAAUUCAGAGACUCCCCUCAAGACUAUACACCUGCUAUACUUGCUAAGGACAAAGAAGGUUUGAUGGCGUUGUUGACGUUUGAGAGUGUGGAAGAGGCGAUCAAGAAGCGCGUGGAGAAGAAGGCGAUGGUGUUUGGGCAAGAUGUGGAGAAACCAGAAAGUGGCACCUAUAAGGUUAAACCUGCAGUGGUUUCUCAGCUCUAUGGGGAGUGGGUGAUUCCUUUGACUAAAUUUGUUCAAGUCGAGUAUCUUCUUCGUCGUCUCGAUUGAUUAAGUUGCAUAACUCUGUUUUCCUCUGUUUCAUUCUUGAUGAACUUCAACACUAGAUCACCAUUAUUUGAUUGUUAUGUGACUAAUUUCGUGGGAAGAAUAAAUAAAGUCUAAUUUCUUGUUCC